UAAUUCUAAUCUCGAGCCCCACGUUUCUCUCGGAUCUCUCCGGGUCGCAAACGAGUAAAUACAGCGAAAUCAAUCCAGCUUGAGAUGAUUUUACUUGGUAGAAAUUUAGACUAUGGUAAUAUAUGCAGUAACGAAAUCGCGAAUCUGGCCUUUAACUGCACAAAUAUCAUGGAUCUGAGAGCUGGAAUCUCAAAAUCCAAGAUGUCGGCCAUGCAGAAGGUAUCGCAAAGCCAAAGGCAAGAAUGUCCAUAUCGAGAGAAGAAGAAAAAACAUUUGCAUUUUAUAACUUGUAAUAAAUAAAUCUUGCAAGUACAAUACUUAACCAAAAACGAGGAAUGGUCUUCCUGUGGUAUCAUUUGUCUCCAGUGUUCUUCGGCCCAGAAACCAAAAACAACAACAAUGGCGGGAGAUGUCGAGUUGUAGCCCGUGCGAUUACGAACGCACCGAAAUCGGCCGUACAUACUGGUGUUUGUUUAGCAAGCUAUGUCAAAACGCUACCAGAUAUGGUGAAUACUGCAUUUGAUGCACGAAUUACGUGGUUCCAGAGCUUUCUUUGUGGUGGGACUUCAGCUGUUUUGGCAAGAAGUCUCACGUCACCUCUCGAAGUUGUUAAAGUUCUUGCACAAGUUGGAACACAGGAGGCAAAGCCAGGUCUCAUUAGAACUUUUGCCAGUGUCUACAAACGCGAGGGAAUCAAGGCUUUUUGGAAAGGAAAUGGAGUGUCGUGUAUACGGCUUUUUCCGUACAGUGCUGUGCAGUAUGCUGCAUUUAACCGCAUCGUGGCAUCCCUUGAAGACCCUCACAAUGGGGAACUCUCUGAUUCAGGGUCCAUGCUAGCAGGUACUAGUAGUACCCUUAUCGCCAUGGUAACAGUAUAUCCAUGCGAGGUGAUCAAAACAAGACUGACAGUUCAGCAUGUCAACAAAAGCAACGCUCACUAUAAGGGGAUGCGACAUGCACUCAAGACAAUUCUAAGGGAGGAGGGCAUCCUUGCUCUCUAUAAGGGAGUGACUCCGUCAUUUUUAGGCUUGUUCCCAUUUGCUGGUGGUUCAUUCCUGGCAUACCAGAUCCUGGACAAAGUGGAUAGCACAAGAACAGAGCCAUCUGCCACACCUAUCUGCAUGUUUGUCAAUGGUUGUGUUGCAGGAGCAUUUGCACAUACACUUUCCCAUCCCUUUGAUACAAUAAGAAAGAAAAUGCAGGCAAAGAGCACUUUUCUCCCUAAGGGAGGUGGGGUAGAUGUUGAAUUCGUCAGCAUGAGUAGCUGCUUUGUUCAGACUGUAUGUGUGAAUGGGUUCACUGGAUUGUGGCGAGGCCUUAUGGCUCACUUGUUAAAGGUGGUCCCGAAUGCAGGGAUAGUGUUUCUAACCUAUGAGUAUAUGAGAAGAUUAUUCCUAUAUCACAAUGGGUACACGGAGUCCCCUUGGACAGACACGCCCAAGCCAGGAAUCGACCAGAACAUGGCACCCCAUGAGCUUAGAUACCACAGUCUGCCAGCUAAGGACAGAUAACAUGGUUUAAAUUUAUUUCACACUCUCAAGGCCUUAAAAAGGUCUUCAAUUUGGGAAAUUGAUAAUGGUCUUAAGGAAGUGUUAAUUAAAUACACCGAGGGGGGGGGGGGGGGGGGGGAGGGAAGAUAUUGAGGGGGGGUCCAAAAAUUUUAAACCACCAAAAGGGGGGGGCUCUUUAAAAAAAAGGUCCUCUAAGGGAAAAAGAAAGACAAUUUUGGGUUUUUUUUCAUGUUUACAAUGAAAGGGGGGCUCUAAAAUUUUAAGGUGUCUUGAGUAAAAAUCUUCCAUCCCCCCCCCCCUCGAUGUAAUUAAUGAACACUCCCUAAAGUCUAAUUUUUCACAAAUUCCAGAUAGGAGUUUUAAAUCUAUAGCUAAGAGUAUGCUUUGAGUGAUUUUUCAGGCUCUUGCUGACAAAGUGUUUUAUUUGUGCAAGUUCACAAUGGUAUUAAAUUGUAGGUUUUAAAAGGGUUGUUCAGCUGUAGGAACCAUGAGCAGUUUUUUUAUCAAUAGGCAUUAAAAUUCUUGUACCAGAAAAGUUAAGCCUGCUGUUUUGGUGUCUUUUUAUAGGUAUAGAUGUCAGUAGUCAAGCUAUAUCCUAAAGCUAGAUAAAACUAUAAAAGUUAUUUUGGUACACAAUUUUUGGAAGUGGUUGCCUGAGGUUCUCCCUUAUUUGCUGAAGUUAAUAGUAUUAAAAUUCAAGAAAGGCACUUUGCACAAAUAUUAGAAAGCUUAACGCACACUUGUAUGUUCCAAAAAAAACAUUGACUGAAGUGACCACAUGCAUAGGACAUGAAAAUAGGGAAAAUGUCGUUCUAGAUUUGCCAUCACAGACCGUUUUCAGCAAUUCAUAAGUGUGCAUGCCCUCCCAAUUGACUUGCUGAAGCUUUCUAUUACUGUGAACAAAACAAUACACGUUUGGGGUCCAUGAGAAUAUUAUUUAAUGAUUUCCACAAAUUUUGGGCCAUACUUUGAAACCCCAAAAAUGGGAAAAAUGAAAAUUCCAGACACAUUACAAGUCAAUAAUUAAUAUUUAUUUGACAGUCUAAACACUGUGCCUAAUUGUAUUUACAUUUGCCAUGCCAGAAUAUAGAAACCCAACAAAGAUUCUUGACAAUCUAACGCACUACACUAUACACCCAACAAUAAAUUUAUAACAAAUUAUUUUGUACAGCAUUCUCUUAAGUUAAGAGAACCAAAAUUGGCCAUUACAAAACAGUUUACUGCUGAAAAUAUCACAGAAACAACCCAGUACUGAAAUAUUGACAGUGGCAAGUUGUAUUUAAGUGACAAGUUGUAAUAAAGGUAAUGAUAAAAUAUGA